GCCUCCAUUGGAGUAGAGGGACCACUACUAUAAACAUACCGAGAGUCCCUGCGAGAGAAGAAGACCACGUCGUUAUUGUCCGCGGCCAAGUUGGAGAACUUUUUUGUGAAUGUUUUUGAUGCUCUGAAAACAAACAAACAAACAAAAAAAAGAAAAACUUGGGAGUUGAAGAAGCUACAGGACUGAGUUUUGCGACUUGCCUCUGCGACUUUUUGCUCUGAAAGUUGCGCUCUUAUGACUGAUCAAUAGCCUCUCGAGAUUUUGUUUUCCACAUGGGGACUUAAACUUAUUUUAAAAGUUUAGAAAAAAACAAACAAACAGGAAAAAACAAACAAACGAGGAUUAUCAAUUUGCUGUGAGGUUCAGCGCCGUCGAGUAAAGAGGAGUUUCUCCAGCGGGGCGCAGAAAACGGCAUGUAGCGCAGGAUCAAGGCACCCAUUCGUCCUGCUCCUCCUCAUCGUCGUCGUCCUCCUCUCCGGACAACUUUGGGAAUGGGCCAGCGCCUUGCCAGGGUGCAUCUCUCCACCCGGUGGUGUGGCUGGCGUCGUGCGAGAGUGAGGAGGGCAGCGGCCAGGUCAUAGAGCCCGCCCAUCCCUCUCUCCGCUUGCUCCCAACUGACUUUUGACCUUUGACUCAGCCGUGACCUCCAGCCAGCCAUGCCCUUCCGGCUGAAGCUAAGGCGCACACGGCGCUACAAUGUCCUGAGCAAGAACUACUUUGUGACACGGAUUCGCCUGCUGGACAGCAAUGUGAUUGAAUGCACUCUGUCAGUGGAGAGUACGGGACAGGAAUGUCUGGAGGCGGUGGCCCAAAGGCUGGAGCUACGGGAGACCCAUUACUUCGGGCUGUGGUUCCAAGGAAAGACCCAGGCUCCGGCCCAUCGUUGGGUGGAGCUGGAGAAACCCCUCAAGAAGCAGCUGGACAAGUUUGGCAAUGAGCCUCUGCUCUUCUUUGGAGUCAUGUUCUACGUGCCCAAUGUUUCCCGGCUGGAGCAAGAAGCCACCAGCUAGCUGGCCUAGCAGUACAAGCUGACUUUGGAGACUUCACUCAGUUCAUGUCUCAGGACUUCCUUAGGGAGUACGUUCUCUUUCCAGUGAACUGGCCUAAUGGAGACGAGGUGCUGGAGGAGUGGACCCAGAAAGUCGCUGAGGAGCACAAGAGUCACUGUCGGAUGCAGGCUGCUGAAGCAGAGCUGCUGUACAUCAAGGAGGUGGAGAAACUGGACGGUUUUGGCCAGGAGAGCUUUCCUGCUAAGGACAACUACACCAAUGAUAUUUUCAUCGGUGUGUCCUUCAUUGGGGUGUUUGUCAAACACAGAAAUGGCAGAUCCAUCAUGCUCCACAAAUGGAAGGACAUUGGCACCAUAGCACACAACAAGUCAGCCAUCACAGUGGAGAUAACAAGCAGAGACGACACCAUCAUUUUUCACAUGGAGGAUAUGGAAAUGGCCAAGUACAUCACUCGUCUUUUCACGGCCAGACACAAAUUCUACAAACAGAACAAGAUCUGUGCAGAGCCCACUCACUCACCUGCACCAAUCAGGAGGAGACCCACCUGGACCCCCCGCCUAUCUCUGCCACGGCCCCAGUCCUGUAACUUCCAGUCAAGGCAUUCCCAGUAUGGAGAGCAUUAUCAGGACACACAGAGCUCUCAAGACAGUAUCUUCCAUGAUGACCCCUACUACAAGUCAGAGACCAGUCUGGACCGGUGUCCGGUGGACUUUCCCUUCCGAAACGGUACCGUGCCCAAUGGAAGCAUGUACAGCAGCCCCAGCCUGAGCUCCCUCAAUCAUUCCCAGACUUUCGUCCCGCCCUCGCCCAUGUCCUCCAACCUCAGCAUCCCUGGCAGUGAGCUCAUGCGCACUGACUACAUCCCCAGCCACCGCCACAGCGCCAUCAUUGCUCCGUCCUACCGGCCCACGCCUGAGUAUGAUGCUGUCAUGCGGCAGAAGCGGCGCAUGCUUCCCGCUCACCAUGACCUCCACAGCCAAUCGCUGCGCAGUCUGAACAUCAGUAAUUCGUGUGCUUACCGCCAGCCUGAGGCUCUGGUGUACAGCCAGCCAGAGAUGAGGGAGAGGGGCCCUUAUCAUGGCCUGGGGCCUAGCCCGGGAACAUAUACACCACAGAUCAGCUACAGUAAGCCAGUGUCUCAUGGUCCUCAUCAGGGAGGACCAGCCAGCAGCCAGGGCCCCUGUCAUUCACCCUGCGUUAAUGGAGGUGGAGGCAGUGGCGGGGUUGGAGGUGGAGGUGUAGGAAGCUCCAUCUCUCAUACUGUCAGCACACCUGAGCUGGCAAAUACCAAACAACAGGGGACUAAUGCGGGAAGCUAUGCAGCUACAGCUAACAUGCUGAGAAACCACAUGUCUCGCCCUCCUCCACCUUACCCUUCCAGCUCCUUCCGCCCGGCCACCAGCACCCCGGACCUGGCCAGCCAUCGCCACCGCUGCAUCGGGGGCAGCAGUCCAGAGCUGGUUACUCGCAUGGUGCAGCUGUCGGUCAAGACCUUCCAGCCGGACAGCUCAGCUGUUGUGCACCAGUCCCUGCAGGAGGUUAGCGAACCGUUAACUGCAGCUGCUAAGCACCGCUCCACCCUGGGCAAAAGACACAGCAUGGAGGUGAUCAGCAGCAUGAGAGGAGGCGGAGGAGGAGGGAUGGAGGGCAUUGUGAUGAAGGGCAUGAACGCUCCCCUUCACCGGAGGAAUACUCUCAGAGAACACGUGAUGCCCCCUCAGCCUCAGUCCAUUCCUCAGCCUCAGCCCCAAACCCCUCAACCACAACCCCAGCCGCAGCCUCAACCUCCACCUCAGCAGUCGCAGGAGUUGCCCAUGCAGAUACCUGCCCAGAAAGCACCUGAGGCAUCUGCAGCUCCACCUGGGCCAGUGGCCUACCAGCAUCAAAAGACUCUCUCCAAUGCUACAAUGCUCAUACACAGCAGUGAGAGUGAAGAAGAGGAGGAAGAGGAAGAUGAGAGGCCUGAGCUGGAUGUUCAAAUCCCAGGUCUAAAUGAGGACAUCAGCAUCAGCGCUCAACUCCAGGCUGCUCUAGCUAAGCUGCCCAACAAACCCCCUCCAGAGUACCCUGGUCCUCCUAGGCCUUCUAGCAAUGUUCAAAUCCGCACCCACACCCACAAUCACAACCACACUCACCACCACAACCAUAAUCAAGGACCCCAGAGCAACCAGGGACCAAUGGACCCAAACCAACCCCAGGGCCGAGCACUCAAAAUUGGGCAGAGCCCCUGUGGUGGCGGGCCUGGAGGUGGUGGUAGUGGUGGUGGUGGUGGUGGUGGGACACUGACCAGAGGGGACCAGGGUGGGGUUAAUGGAGCGGUUUUAGGUCCAUCCAUUUCAGAACCGGACCUUACCAGUGUGAAGGAGAGGGUGAGGAAGGAGCCAGUCAAAGAGAGGCCGGUGUCAGAGAUGUUUUCCUUAGAAGACAGCAUAGUGGAGCGGGAAAUCGCUCAGAGGACGCUGGAAAGACAAAAGAUGUCUGUGGACUCCAUGAAGAGGCCGCUGAUGAUGGCCGCCCUAAAUGGCCUCUAUGUGGCCCGAAUGCCUGUCCCCGAGAGUCCUGCGGAAGAAGGCGCGAAGGCUGCUACUGAUGAACGGUGUAAGACCUUGGAGUUGAAGCUGGAAGAGGAACGGGUCUUCACUGAGUAUGAGCAGGUUCCCAAGAAGAGGGCAGACUGUGUUCUUACGACAGCGACUCUACCGGAAAACACAGAGCGCAACCGUUUCCGUGACGUCGUUCCGUACGAAGAGAAUCGGGUCGAGCUUGUUCCAAACAAGGAGAACAACACGGGCUACAUCAAUGCCUCGCAUAUCAAGGUGAUGAUCAGAGGGGAGGAGUGGCACUACAUUGCCACCCAGGGCCCGCUAGCCAACACCUGUGCCGACUUCUGGCAGAUGGUUUGGGAGCAAGGGGUCAACGUCAUCGCCAUGGUUACUGCAGAAGAGGAGGGUGGCAGGUCCAAGAGCCACCGCUACUGGCCCAAACUGGGCUCAAAACACAACUCAGCCACUCACGGCAAGUUCAAGGUGACCACCAAAUUCCGCACCGACUCAGGCUGCUACGCCACCACAGGGUUAAAAGUCAAACACCUGCUGUCUGGCCAGGAGAGGACGGUCUGGCACCUGCAGUACACUGACUGGCCUGAGCAGGGCUGUCCCGAAUAUGUCCAGGGUUUCCUUGCCUAUCUAGAGGAGAUCCAGUCUGUGAGGAGACACACUAACUCCAUGCUGGACACCUCAAAGAGCCUCAAUCCACCUGUGGUGGUGCACUGUAGCGCCGGGGUGGGUCGCACCGGAGUUGUCAUCCUCACUGAGCUCAUGAUCAGCUGCCUGGAGCACAAUGAGCCAGUGGAGGUUCCCACCAUGUUGUCAGGGCUGAGGCAGCAAAGGAUGCUGAUGGUGCAGACCAUCUCCCAGUACAAAUUUGUCUACCAAGUCCUCAUCCAGUUCCUCAAGAACUCCCGCCUCAUCUGAGCCCGGGAUACUGACCUUUGACCUUAUACGGCAUGGCAGAAUGGCACCAGAUAACGACAACGGUACUUCAGAUUAGCACGAGGACAGUACAACUAAUACAGUGUAACUGAUAGCUGGUGGGGAGCAGAUACAGAGAUUUAUGUUUUCUAUCAGGCAUUUUCAUACAAACUCACCUCAAGGGAGGAUGGGAUUUGUGUAGGCCUGUAUAGAAACUGACAACCAUUUCUCCUAAUCUGUGUAUUCAUAUGUUAUUCUUGGACCUGGUCCGUCUGUACGGAGACUGUAUGUUUGUGUGUUUUCUCAGUGCAGGUCAGGUGAAUAGGUGUUUUUCCUUUUCAAACAGAUUGAUAUUGGCUUUUUUUUUUGGAACAUACAGCCAUACAUCAAUACAAAAAAGUCUCAGUUUUUCAAGUUUAAGAUGCUGCAUCACCUCCUUCAGCCACUAAGUCCAACUCUGUGGCUUCUUCCAGUGGAGAAGGACCAAUCUAAAUGCUAAUAAAGUUUAGUUCCAGAAAGGUUCUUAUUGGUCUCUCCUGCUGUGGCAAAAAUAUCAAUGAUAGCAUCCAGCUGAAUUACCAUUUUGAAAAUAUCUCACAGCGUUUUGAAGAUUUUAUUCCAAUAAGUUGACCAAUUAAGACACUGCCAGAAUGAGUGUGCUAGAGAGGCAGGUGAGAGUCUGCAUCUGUCACAGGUAGAAUCUACAUCUGGGAACCUUUUAGUGAGUUUAACUUGAGCCAGUGCAGCACCUUGAAUUGAAUGAGGCCAUGCCAGACACAGAUUGAGGCCAUAUGCACCUCUUCCAGGGCGUUUCUCUACUGCUCCACUGUCACAGGCAUCCCUUAAAUCCUCUCCCCAAAUAAAAGAUAAAAGAAAAGUUUUUGAGUGCUCAAAGGAAAACCGAGAUUCCAUAAGUGACUCAUCCGGCAAACCAGGAAAGGAAGGUGUGUUGGCUUUAAUAUAAUUACGAACCUGCAGCAAUCUGAAAAAGUGGGAUUGUGAUAAAUUUCAUUUAUUUUGCAGUUGUUUAAAAGCAGGAAAUAUUUUAUCUAUAAAAAGGGUCUUCAUGCCAUUCCGUUUCCUAAAACCUGAAGUAGUUCUCCAUGGUGGAUGGGGAGAAAAGGUGACUGGGACAAACAGGGGCAAGCAGAGAGACGUCCAUAGUUUUUUUUGUCCUAAUAGUGGACCAUAUUUUCAAGGACUGUGUUACAAAGGGGUUGUUCUUAGUUAGGCAGGUUAUAGUCAGGGAUGGCAGGUAACGCAAAUUGUGUUCCAUUUGCCCAAAUGCGGCUGUAAAUUUGUCAUUUACUAUUCAGCCAUUAUUAAAAAUGGCACUAUGCUGCAUGAACAGUAGGUGGCAGCAGUAUUAUUACUAUUUCCUAUACUCUGAAAGAGUUUGCCAAACAAAAGUAUUCUUUGAAUCACAGUUCUAAAAUGUUUCUUUUAUUUUUAACAGAGUAUUGAUUAAUACAGCAAAUAUUUACUUCAACAUUAUAACAAAUGUUUUUAUUUAUUUCUAUCAAGAUUGUGGUCACCUUUGCAUUGAACGGAGGAGCAUUGACAUGUCGAUCCUUGCCCUGUCCAUUUUUUUUUAAUCUUUAGAACUUUUUUGCUAUGUAUUACAAAAAUCUUUCCUUGUCAGUGUGAAAAUGAUUGUGCCAUUUUCCUCCUGGAGUUUCCUCAUUUGAUACAUUGAGAUCCCUCCUUCACAUGCAAACAACACACACACAAACUACAUUUUCACGGUUUCUUGAAUCACAGCUUCUUGCGAUCAAAUGUGUUUCAUCACAUUUCUUACCUAAAAACAUUUCAAAAGCCUAAAAGGUGUUUGUCCAAUUUCUUGGAGAUGGUUUAUAAAUUAAAUUGUAUUGUUUGCAUAUGCAGUCAAUAGAGAACUGUGUCCUUAUACAGUAAAUACUGUAUAUACUGUAUCAUUGUGCCUUAUUGAAACAUGAAACUUGGAGAAGCCGCCUGGCAGACAUCCCAAUCCUUGUUUUAGGGUUCUGUAUGGGUUUGAUAAACUAAAUUCAUUUUUUUUUAUCUCCAAAGGUUAAAUCUUUAAAUCAGUAUUUAAUAAUUUGUGUUUUGUUAUAAGAACAACUUAAACAUUUAGAAAUAAGUUUACCUAACUCUUUAAGGAUUUGGCAGUAGGAGAAUGCUGAUGUCUUGGUUUAUUUUUGAAGGAUCGUUUGUAAUAAUCUGAUCCAAACCCAACAGAACACUACAUUCCCACCUUCCUGGAUCCUGUUUAUAAAAUUACAUUCUGAAGAAUUUCCUUUUAACACGUUACAUUAAAUAAACUUUUUUAUUUUUAUGAAUCGUAAUGCAAAGCCAGCCAUGUCCACAGUAACUUUGUACAUAAUGGGCAUGUGAGAAAAGAUUUCUACAAAUGUUUUAUAUAGUUUCUCUUUUUGACUUGGUACCCUAAAAAUACUGCAACAUAAUAAACUAUGCAUGCGUUUUUAUAUUUCAAUGUAUAUAUUCUUAAGUAAGUAUAAGCUUUAUGCUCUCUUGACAUAUAAGUGUUUUGUUGCACUUCUGUUCUCUUUGUGACAGUAUUUUCUCACACGGCAUUCCACUGUUUGUUUAUAUUUAAUUUUUCCCCUUCAUUUUUUUUGGCAAAACUUCCAAAUACCUUUCAAAGUAUGUGUACAUAUGUUUUGUAUAUGCGUUUUUCAGUGCAUCAAGUCUUUUGUUUUUCUCUCCCCAGACAUGUAUGAAGCUGUCGUACUUGCUUAUUAUGCAAUAAAGCCUUAUUUUCUUUAA